GAUGGCGCAGGUCCACGCAAUGGCCAGAAUGCUGCUGCAUGUUCCCCAGGGAGACGUUGAGGAUGCGUCCGAGUUGGUACGUCUGGCGUGUGUGGAGAGAGAUAUCGCCAUGGACGAAGCUGCGUCGUCGAUUGUCUCGUUAAGGCGAGCCAACGACGAGUGCGAGAGGUUGCGCCAAGUGGUGAAUCGUCUCAAGUUGAAGAAGCCAGUUGCAACACCCUCCCAUAAGGCCACCGGCCACCACACAAACCUCCUGCUGAACUUGGAUUUUAUACUGAGCGUUUUUCGAAACAAAUUGGGCCUGGACAUUCACGUGUUGGAUCUCAAGCGACACGUCCUCGACCAGACCAGUUCCGUGUCUACCCGCCACACCGUCAUGUUUAAGAGCACUUUGGACGAGCUUCGCGACGUGUACGCUGCGCUAUCUGCAGCCCAAGUCAAAAUAAACCAGCUUGAGACUGACCUCUCCAUCAUGCACUACUCACCUGUUGUGAAUCCCACUGACCAGACCGGCGUGUUGGACAAUCAAGUGCAGGCAACAUACCAUAAAACUCUGCACGAUACGCGUGCUAUUACCAUGGCGGAAUGGGAAGCCAAAGUUACGGCGCUGACGCGACGGAAUGCAGAGCUAGAAGAAACGAUUCAGUCCAUGCAACUAGCUCAAGUGCGGCAUCAAACGACCAUGGACGCCCUGACGACAGAUCGGGACGCGCUGGUAGCCCAACUGAACACGACAGCAGCUGCCGUAGCAGAUUUGAAGAUGGAAAAUCACCAAAUUCACGUGCAGGCCAUACAACGCAAACAUGACCACGUACGGCAAUCGCUCAAUAGUUUGAACGCAGAGUGGGCUCACCGGUAUAAUGACAAGUCGCAAGCUGUGGAUGAAACGAUGCAAACAGACGAACUUGAGGAUACCGCCAGCGUCGAGUGGCUGCAGGACAUGCUGGAGCACGAGCGCGCCACGACCAUCCAUUGUCGCAAUGAACUUGAUAAAGCCCAGGCAGCUGCCGAAACAGCCGAUAACGAACAUGUGAACGCCAUCAAGCAACGGUCUGAAGCAAGCCAAACGCUUGUGAGUUCGCUGGAACUGGCAGUGGACGGCUGGAAGGCCAAGUGCUCGUCAUUGGAAUUAAAAUGCAACGAGCUAGAAGCAGGGGGAAAUGCGUUGGCAAAGCAAGUGGUGCGACCAGAAUAUGCAGACCAUUGUGACGAUGUGAUAUACGUGGGUAUUUAUUUAUAUAGGCGCAGGCGAGAAUGCUAGAGGAAGCCUGUAGGGACCUUCAAAAUCAAGUCGUAGCGCUCACGUCAACCAACCACGAGCACAAGACCGCCGCCGACGUCCUUGGUGCCCAUUUAGCCAUGCAUGUUCGACACUGGAAGCGCCAUCAGGGGACAGUCGCGUCGUAGCUGCCACCAACCGAAAAAUAUACUUCUUGGCAUACUUGGCAGGUCUCAUGCAUAUAGUUGUACACGAUAAUAUAUGCGAC